AGAGAGAAACAUUGAUCGGUCACCUCCUGUGUGUGCCCUGACUGGGGAUUGAACCCGCAACCUCGGUGCGUGCCCUGGUCGGGACUCGAACCCACGCCCUUGGUGUGCGUGAUGACACUGCAGCCGAGCCACCCAGCCAGGGCACGACAUUGGGCAGAUUGUAACUGAGCUUCAGCUUCCUCUCUUGUGAAGCAGCCGGUAUACGCUUGUCGGUCAGGUUUUGGGAGAAUUAAAUGCGAAUGAACAGAAGUACAUGGUUCAGUACCUGACACAUGGUAGCUGUUAUUGUUACUGCAAGAGCGUGCCCUGCUGGCGUGCCUUCCUGUGUGUAGAGUCAUGUUUACUAACUGGGGGGUGAUUUGUCGUCUCCAGGCCACGCGGAGGGGUUCUGUAUGAUGUGCACGAUGCAGGCGCACAUCACGCAGGCGCUCGGCAAUCCUGGGGACGUCAUUAAGCCCAUGUUCGUCAUUAACGAGAUGCGGCGUAUAGCUAGGCACUUUCGUUUUGGAAACCAAGAAGAUGCCCAUGAAUUCCUUCAGUACACUGUUGAUGCUAUGCAAAAAGCGUGCUUGAAUGGCAGCAAUAAAUUAGACAGACACACCCAGGCUACCACGCUCGUUUGUCAGAUAUUUGGAGGAUACCUAAGAUCUAGAGUCAAAUGUUUAAAUUGCAAAGGCGUUUCAGAUACCUUUGACCCGUAUCUUGAUAUAACACUGGAGAUCAAGGCUGCCCAGAGUGUGAACAAGGCGCUGGAGCAGUUUGUGAAGCCUGAGCAGCUGGACGGCGAGAACUCGUACAAGUGCAGCAAGUGUAAAAAGAUGGUUCCAGCUUCAAAGAGGUUCACCAUACACAGAUCCUCCAAUGUUCUUACACUUUCUCUGAAACGCUUUGCAAAUUUUACUGGUGGAAAAAUUGCUAAGGAUGUGAAGUAUCCUGAGUAUCUUGAUAUUCGACCAUACAUGUCUCAGCCAAAUGGAGAACCGAUUAUUUAUGUUUUGUAUGCAGUACUGGUGCACACUGGUUUUAAUUGCCAUGCCGGCCAUUACUUCUGCUACAUAAAGGCUAGCAAUGGCCUCUGGUAUCAGAUGAAUGACUCCAUCGUAUCUACCAGUGAUAUCAGAUCGGUACUCAGUCAGCAAGCGUAUGUUCUCUUUUAUAUCAGGUCCCACGAUGUGAAAAACGGAGGUGAAGUUACUCAUUCCGCCCACAGCCCCGGCCAGUCCUCUCCCCGGCCCGUCAUCACUCAGCGUGUUGUCAGCAAACAGGCCACGUCAGGGUUCAUUGGACCUCAGCUUCCUGCUCACAUGAUAAAGAACCCACCUCACUUGAAUGGGACCGGACUGUUGAAAGAAACGCCGAGCAGUUCCAUGUCUAGUCCUAAUGGAAAUUCCAAUGUCAACAGGGCUGGUCCUGUUAAUGCUUCCACUUCUGUUCAAAACUGGUCAGUUAACAGGUCCUCAGUUGUACCGGAACAUCCCAAGAAACAGAAAAUCACGAUCAGUAUUCACAACAAGUUACCUGUUCGCCAAGGUCAGUCUCAGCCUAACCUUCACAGCAGUUCUUUGGAGAAUCCCACCAAGCCUGUUCCCUCUUCUACCGUUACCAGUUCUUCUGCAACACAGUCUACCUCGAGUGCCCCUCCCACAUCAGUUUCCAGUAAAGUCACAAAGCAGACGGCCCCCAGCGAGUCCUGCUCCAAACCCGUGAUGAACGGCAAGUCCAAGCUGAGUUCAAGCGUCCUGGUCCCCUACGGCGCCGAGUCCUCGGAGGAGUCAGACGAGGAGGCAAAGGGCCUGGGCAGGGAGAACGGCCUGGGCGCGCCCGAGAGCGCGAAUUCCUCUGCUCUGGAGGCCGACGAUGACGAGGCCUCUCAGCAUGAGCUUGGAGAGCCCGUGACUCUAAAUGGUGCUAAUAGUACAGACAGCGACCCGAAGGAAAAUGGUCUGUCGUUUGAUGGUGCCAGUUGCCCAGUCCAGCCUGCUCUACACUCAGAAAACCCCUUUUCUAAGGCAAAUGGUCUCCCUGGAAAGUUGAUGCCUACGCCGUUGCCACCUCUCCCGGAAGACAAAAUCUUAGAGACCUUCAAACUGGGCAACAAAGGGAAAGGCUCGACAGAUGACGCCAGUGUAACUGGAACAGAGGGAAGCCCGACAGAGCAUCCUGAGGCAGGACUGGAGCCUGGCAGCCCCACUCCUGACUCACGGGAGAAACUGGAGACAGUCACAAGUCUUAGCAGCAAAUUAAAGAAGGCUUUGCCGCUCUCGGACCCCAGCAUCAAAUCUACCAAAGAAGUCGUCUCUGAAAGCAGUUCAGCAAAACCCGAGGAGUCUUUGCCCAGCAUCAACCAUCUGUGUAAUGCCAACAAGAGCACCGCUGGGGAUGAUCACCUUUCUGAACCGUGUGACCCUGGGACUCUAACGGGGGAGGAGAGUAAAGCCUCCCAGGAUGUGACAGGGAUAUUAACGGAGAGUCCCCGGGACUCAGCAGCAGUGGAAGCCGCAGGGAGGUUGAGCCCGAGUCCCUCAGCAUGUCGUGAUGGUGACGGUGAGCAGGAGCCCUCAGUGUACAGCAGCCGAGACAAGUGCACGGAUGCGGAAGACGCGUCUAAAAUCACAGCGGCGCCUACCACCCGGCCACCCUCUCCUCAGUCGGACAGAGUCACGGAGAACCAUUCAGAAGGCGGCGGGGCUCCCGAACAAAGCCCUGGGGAGCGAUGUGAAGAAAAUAAGGCUGGGCAAAAAGUCCAGGGUCCUUCUCCAGUUAAGGAAAAAAUCAGCAGCCUCCGGAAAGUUGACCGAGGCCAUUAUCGGAACUGGAGAGACCGCUCCUCCAGCGGGGAGCACGCACGGGACAGCAGGAGCAAGACGGAGGACCAUUACCACCGCAGGCGGCACUCCUACACGCGUGAGCACGCCCUGCAGGCCCGCUGCCGACCAGAACACUGCAGUGGGGGCCCGCACCACCCCUGCCAGCACCGAGGCCUGGCCAGGCACCACCACCACUCGCGGAGCAGAGGCGGGUCCGAGCAGGACUGGAGCAGGUACCACCACUCGGAAAGUGAGCACUCCUGGGGCCGGGAGAAGUACUACCCAGACAAAACUAGGUGGGACAAGUGCAGGUAUUACCAUGACAGGUACGUCCCGUACACGGCCAGGGAGGCGUGGGACUGGAGGCCUCUGCACGGUGACCGAGACUGUGACCGAGACUAUGACCGGGUGAGCCAGCACAGCGGCCGGCCAUACAAGGACUGUUACAAAAGCAGAAAGGGCUAUGAGCUGGUGGCCAAAGAGAGGGAACGGCACCACUUCAGCAGCCCCCGGGCAGGCCCAGCCCACACCCUGCCUCCCUACCCCGAGAAGUAUGCCCGCGACAAGAUUGCACUUGGACCCGAAGGCAGCAGCUGUCGCCUUGCCGAUCGCUUCCACGACCAUGAAAAUGUGAAGUCACGAAAACGGAGGUACGAUAGCAUAGGACACAGCGACACGUGUGCAGAAAAGAAAGCCUGGAGGAGCUCACCAAGGGGCCCUUUAGAAGAACCUCGAGUGAAGAGGCACAAAAAGUCCAAGAAGAAGAAGAAAUCCAAAGACAAACGCCGAGAACGAGACGCCAGGCAUCAGCGGGACUCGGACCUCUCCGCUGCGUGCUCGGACACCGACCUCCACCGGCACAGAAAGAAGAAGAAGAAGCGGCGGCGGCAUUCGCGGAGGCCCGAGGACUCUGGGAAAGACCUAGGGCCACACUUGGCUAAGGCCGCCAGCUCCGAGACUGUGGACCUGUUCCGGAGAGCCGACGGCGCCCUCCCCCUCACCGAUGGCCUGCCUCUGGAAGGUGUUGGACCUUUCCGUGAGAAAACGAAACGCUUAAGGAUGGAAAGCAGGGAUGACAGGUGUCAUCUCUCUGAAUGUGGCCAGGGUGACUGAGAACUUGGCCUCCAACGAGGAGUUCACUAGUUACGAUUCAACAUGUUCAACAGAAGCCAUCCCCAACCCAGCUUAAAUUAUAUAGAAAAUAACUUUGUUCAAAUCUGCGUGGUGCUUCUUUAGUAAAUACUGUACAGAUUUUACCAUGGAGAACUUUUUUUUUAGUUUUUACCUUUUCUUAAUUACCCUUAUUCCAAAUGGACGAACACUUUCUACAACUGCUGAGCAUUGUAAAAUACCGUGUAUAUAAAUCACAUUAAAAAUAACGCCCUGGACUAGAACAUCUCCAAUGCUGCUUAACCACAGACUCAGGUUGAUCUCGUGCUCCAUGUAAUGCUCCUCCAAGUAAGGCCCGGUGCCGACCAACCGGGAACCAUGGGGUUGCUCAGUACAAACAACUGACAGUGUGUAUAUUUAAUUUAAAGACUUAUUUAAAGACCCACAAGCUCUCAACCAGACUUUGAGAGCAGUGUUUUCUGUAAUGUCUGAUACUAGAAACUAAUUCGCUUCAUAUUUUAGUUGUAUUCAAGAUUUGAAGGUGUAUUUUAUAGACAAGUUCUGUUUUUGAACUUUGUGGAGCUAUUCCAAUCAACUUACCGGUUAUGAUGAGUAUUUACAUUAUGAAUGUAUAAUCCAGACAUUAUUUGUAAAGCCUACAGUACGUUUUUUAUUACAUAACACUUUUUAUACAGUGUCUCUUGUCUUGACUAUGAUAUUGGAGUCUGAGUUGUCAGCUUGGUCCCUGAAAAGUUUCUAGUUACAGACAAAAUCAUACUGUGAUUUUAUUUUUAAUAUGGAUAUGCUAUCAAACUGUGAUACACUUAUAAUUCACUGGUCCUGCAUCAGGAGACGGAGUGGGGAAAACUGUAUUUAAUACAGUUUGUAUCUGAAUAAUCUGUAUGGUUUAUACAGUUUGUGUUGUUCAGAGAUGUCUAAAGUUUGAUCUUUGUUUUUUUAAAGAUUAAAAAGCACUUGCCCCACUGUAAAUAUACAGCAUGUAAAAUUUAUAUAGUAUAUAAAUGGCAGCAAAUUAAA